ACAACAAUUUAACCCAACAACAACAACAACAACAAGCACCACCACCACAACACCACAACCACAACCACAACCACAACCACCACCCCACACCCCCCCAGCAGAUGACGUAAAGAAAAUGGGAGCCGGCAGUGCUAAGGGCGUCCAACCAGAGGAAGUCGAGGAUGAAGUUGACAGCUUUUCCUCAACCUCUACCGACCAGUGGGAGGGCGAGGACGAAACCCCUGCUCCAGUCGCCCCCCCUGCCCCUGUCGCGCCUCCUGCCCCUGCUAAGAGUAAGCCCAAGCCCCCUGCAGCCCCUCCAGAUGCCCCUAAAGCCGGGACAAGUGUGGCACGUAUAGAAAACGAGGAAGAGAAGAAGGACAAGACUAAAAAAAAGACAACAUUUGGGUUUAAUUUACGUAGAGAGCAAACGGUUGAUAAAGCAGACGAUGUGCACGAGUCUAGUGAUGAGGAAGGGGAGAAGGAGAAGAAGGGAGGUGAUAAAGGGGAGAAAGGCAAGGAAAAGAAGGGAUUUCGUCUCUUCGGCUGGCGGAAAGACGAAAAGAAACCGGAAAAGGAUGAGGCGCUGGAUGAGGACAUUGACGAACUGGAGAAAACAUUUGACUCACUCGGUAUCGUUGGGAAGAACAUGUGGGGAGGGGAAGGACGGGAGGAGAAGAAGCAGGAGAGGGAGGAAGUUGUUCUCUCGCCAAUGAGGAAGAGGAAGAACAUAAGAGGAAGGGGGAAGGCCGCGGGACAAGCUAAUGGCAGUUCCAGCGGCUCUAAUGCAUCAAAAAGGACAUUCAAAUUUUCGUGGGAGACUGAUAAGCAAAACUCCCCGCCCAAGGAUGAUGCUGAUGAGUGGGAGUACAAGGCGAUGGUCAUUGAAGGCUUUGACAUCGAGAAGUUCAGGAAAGCUAAUCAUAAGGAAUCCGUGUUUGAUAGCAACAGUCUUCCUAAUGUUGUAGGGGGCGAGGAUGAGUCAGGAGCCAACACCGCGUCCCCGCCGCUGCGUUAUGACCAGACGGAACAGUAUAUCCUGGCAUCCAUAGAGAGAGAGUUUGCUAAUUAAAUACUGUCAUCUCAUGUUCUCCACUCCAAAGACAUUAUAUCAUUAUGGAGUGUAUACAUCAAUAAAGGAAGGAAUAAAGAAUGAAGGGAAUAAAGAUGGAGAGAGAGAGAGCACUGGAUAAAUCCCUUCAGUACUGUGACGCAUUUUUACCAUGAGUUUUGAGUAUGAUUAGACGAUUUUA